AUGACGGCCGUUGCGGUGAAGGAGUAUAUUGGCUCGACCUCGACCUUCUAUGAAAUCGAGGAGGGUAUGAUCCUAAAGUCGAUACAUCCGACCCUAGCCGAAAGAGAUGGAUAUAAGGUGCUUGUUGAGAUGAAAAUCUUCGAAAGAUUGGGAGAGCACCCGAGCAUUGUCAAGUACAGAGGCUAUCACGAUGGUUCAGACCUCAAAGGAUUACUAUUUCUUGAGGCAAGCCACGGUAAUCUACAGGACUACAUCGACCAGAACAACGACAAUAUACCUGUACCACUGCGGAGGAAAUGGUGUCGACAAGCGACCGAGGCCAUUCAGUACAUCCAUGGCAAAGGCAUCAUACAUUCGGACCUUCGACCAGAGAACUAUCUGGUUCACGCAUCUUCUUCACGCUCUCUCAAUCUCCAACUGUGCGAUUUCGGUGGUGCCAUGUGUCGAGAUUUGGGUCUGGAUGGAAGAGGCCUACCAGAUCCUCCCUUUUGGGAUUUGAAAUGGGAGUCAACAGUCGGCACCGACAUCUUCAGCCUGGGGUCCAUCUUCUAUACCGUCAUGACUGGUCUGUGGCCUUACAAAUCGAGGCACCUAAUCAAAGAGGUGGAAGAAGAAGAAGAAGAAGAAGAAGAAGAUAGAUGGCAAUUCGAAGACCGAGUUAUUGCGUUACUAGAGAAAGGGGUAUAUCCGGAUGUGGAAGGCAUCACAGGCGGCACCAUCAUGAUGCGAUGCUGGAAGAAACAGUACCUCAAGGCAGACGACGUCCUAGAGGCUCAAAUGGAUCUUUCCGAAGAGCUCACAGACUCAAGCUGA